UCUUCGACUCGGUCACCGUAGAAAAGCGCCUACUCGGUCAUACUUAAGUUACCUAUCUGUCUGGCGUAGUUUACCGUCGUCUUUCUGAGAGAGAAGCACGAAAAACUUUCCCCAACAGCAAAGCAGCCACAUUUAGAAGAAUGAGAAUACUCUCAGCGGCCUAUUUCACCGCGGGCAUACUCGCCUGCCUGGGCACUGUCCGAGCAGACUACUGUGAGGUCAAUCACUGCUUUAAUGGGGCAACAUGUGUGACUGGAGUUGGAGAAGAUCCCUUCAUCUGUAUCUGUGCUGACGGCUUCAGCGGCGACACCUGCAACCUGACAGAGACUGGCCCGUGCAGCCCAAAUCCAUGCAAGAACGAUGGCUCUUGUGAGGUCAUUGCCCCCGUCAGACGUGGAGACGUUUUUAACGAAUACGUUUGCAAGUGCCGGCCUGGAUUUGAGGGUUUGCACUGCCAGUUCAACGUGAAUGACUGUGCCAACCAGCCGUGUACCAAUGGAGGGGUCUGCAAAGAUCUGGACGGAGACUACAUUUGCCAGUGCCAGUCGCCUUACGUGGGGAAGCAGUGCCAGCUGCGUUGCACUUCUCUUAUGGGAAUGGAGGGAGGAUCGAUCGCUGAGUCCCAGAUUUCUGCUUCUUCUGUGUACUAUGGCAUCUUGGGUCUCCAGCGCUGGGGUCCUGAGUUGGCCCGACUCAACAACCAAGGCAUUGUUAACGCGUGGACGUCUGCCACUCAUGACAGGAACCCAUGGAUCGAGAUCAACAUGCAGAAGAAGAUGCGUCUGACCGGGAUAAUCACUCAGGGGGCCAGUCGCAUGGGAGCCGCCGAGUUCAUCAAAGCCUUUAAAGUGGCGAGCAGCUUCGACGGGAAGAGUUACGUCAUAUACAAAGUGGAUGGGACGAGAAAAGACAAGGUUUUUGUUGGCAACACGGAUAAUGACAGCACCAAGACUAACAUGUUUGACCCCCCUAUUUUGGCCCAGUACAUCCGAAUCAUCCCAGUGGUUUGUCGCAAGGCUUGCACACUGAGGAUGGAGCUGGUGGGAUGUGAACUCGACGUGUAUUCAAACACGGCAGGUUGCUCCGAGCCCAUGGGCAUGAAGUCCCGCCUGGUCUCAGACAGUCAGCUCUCGGCCUCGAGCACUUUUCGUACGUGGGGGAUCGACAGCUUCACCUGGCUGCCACAGUACGCCCGCUUGGAUAAACAGGGGAAGACCAACGCUUGGUCACCUGCCACCAACAACCGCUCCGAGUGGAUCCAGGUGGAUCUGGAGAAGAUCAAGCGCCUGACUGGAAUCGUCACACAGGGAGCAAAGGACUUUGGGGUGGUGCAGUUUGUGUCCGUCUUUAAAGUGGCCUACAGUAAUGAUGGAGAGUCGUGGGUCACUGUGAAGGACGUCAACACCAAUGGAGACAAGCUUUUCCAGGGCAACAUCGACAACAACACGCACAUGAGGAACAUGUUUGCACCGUCCUUCUACGCGCGCUACGUCCGAGUGCUGCCCUGGGAAUGGCACGAGCGCAUCACACUACGCAUGGAGCUGCUGGGAUGCGACAACUAAAAGCACAGAUGCUAUUCAUCAUCAUAUAGACUCUUAAUCUUGUUGACUGACGUUGGAAGCUCAAGCAGAUAAGGGUGCGGAUGGUCGGUCGGGUCGGCCGGGACUAAAACACUAGGAGCACUUUUUGAGUGUCAUUUUCUUGUACAUUAAAACUUUAUACCGCGUCGGUGCUCUUUGUAUAGAAGUGGUUUGCGUUCUCCCUUCAUUUGGUUCUUCUGUUAAGUUAGAACAUUUCUGUUGAUCCCUACAAGACACAUGUCUCAGUCACGCCCAUUUCACAAUGCAAAAGAACAGUCUGUAUUAAAUUUGAAGGUGUAAAGAGAGAAGAUUGUGCAUAUUGAACUAAAAUGUGACCCUACUUAUUCUUGAGUAAUUCUGUUGUAUAAUAAAUGUGUAGAAAAUAGGUGUUUUACAUUUUUGUAUGCUCAACCAUUCUUGCACUGUGUUAACAAAAUAAAUAAAUGCUAUAAAAUGGA